AUGGUUACCCGCUCCCAUCCGAAGUGUCCACAACGAUCUUUGAGCAGGGAGUACAGUGACUCUUUAUCCUCAGAUGGUAGUAGUUACCAUUUGCGUCAAGGACGACGCUCUAGUUGUAGUACAAGAGAUCAAAGCCGUAGUCCAAGUCCAUAUAGACAGAGAAACAAUCGUCGUCGCAAAAGAAGGCAAGACUUUGCUAACAAAAGUAAAGACCUAUCAGUGAAUGAGGGAAACAACCACCAUGAAGAGCGGAGUGCGGGACCGUCCCGUCGUAUUGCACCAAACACAGCUGCGCUCACGUCCCUAUUGCUUGGCACUACGCGUUCAAGAGAUCGCAUGGAUGAAGGGGAACGAGAAAGAGCAAAGAAGAAACUCAAGGAUCUUGAUGGUGUAAAUGUGAUGGCACAACAAUAA